CUAUUUGGCUUUACAUUGGAGCUUUAAUGCAACAAAGCCUGCGAAACCUAGACGAACUUUAAUGCAACAAAGUCUAAAGCAAGAUGACUUAAAAUAGAGAUCAUCGCCAUUGUCUAUUCGUCAUUAUCCACAUCAUUCCCUGUUCAUCUUUUCUUUCAUAAAUUUCUUCAGAUCGUUUAAUUUUGUCUUACGCCACUCAAACACAAAAUCCACAUCCAACAUUUCCUAUUAAAGAUUUUCUUAUUCAAAAAUCGUUUCAAUUUUCGUAAGAUUUUGAGGUAAACCAUUCAAACCCAGAUAGAAUCAGGGGUUUUUCAGUUUAUUGGGCGAAUUAAUGAUCUUCAUGAGGUGGGUUUUUGUUCUUCAAUGGGAAAUGUAACAUCAAACGUAGCUGCAAAAUUUGCAUUUUUCCCACCUUACCCACCAACGUAUGAUGUUUUCAAAGACGAAGAUGAUUCAACAAAUGGGGAAACAAAGCUUGUUUUUACAGGAAUUACAGCAGAUAGAAACGUUGAUGUUCAUUUGCUUGAUACAAAGGGCGGGAACAAAAUUGUUGCUACCUUCUGGAAACAUCCUUUUGGGAGGUUCACCCUUUUGUACUCUCAUGGCAACGCUGCUGAUUUGGGUCAAAUGAAAGAGCUCUUUCUUGAGCUUAGAGCUCACCUCAGAGUCAAUAUUAUGAGUUAUGAUUAUUCAGGAUAUGGAGCCUCCACUGGCAAGCCAUCUGAAUUCAAUACAUACUAUGACAUAGAGGCUGUUUACAAUUGUUUAAAAAACAAUUAUGGAAUCAAGCAAGAAGACAUGAUCUUAUAUGGACAAUCGGUUGGUAGUGGGCCCACGUUACACCUGGCUUCUCGCCUACAAAAAUUGAGAGGUGUUGUUCUACAUAGUGCUAUUCUUUCAGGAAUACGCGUUCUCUAUCCUGUCAAAAUGACAUUCUGGUUCGAUAUUUUUAAGAAUAUCGACAAAGUACAGAAAGUCAACUGCCCGGUUUUGGUCAUACAUGGUACAAAGGAUGAUAUUGUUGAUUUUUCACAUGGGAAAAGAUUAUGGGAACUUGCAAAAGACAAAUAUGAUCCAUUGUGGGUCCAAGGUGGAGGCCAUUCUAACCUUGAAAGUUUCCCUGAAUACAUAAAACACAUGCGCAAGUUUAUAAACACAAUGGAGAAACUCUCCUCAAAGCAGAAUAAACAACGCGUUUCUUCAGUCCCAAAUAUCAAACAAGUCAAACACAACAGAUGCUUGAGAUUUGGAAGAAGAUGAUGAAAUAAUGAUCAUGGAUAAUCAAAUCUUUUCGUAUAUCUCUUUGAUUCUUGUUUUUAAAAAGAUCCAUGUGUUUUCGUGUUUAUGUUUGUGUAUUUGAUCACGAGUGUAAUUAGAUUCUUUAUGGAGAUGUUAGAUUUGUUGUUAUGGCAAUGAAAAUUUUAAAAUUUGAAAGCAA